GGUCACUUCAUUUUCAUCAAUCAAUACUUUUCCUAGAUACAUAUAAGUUUCAUAGAGAGUACUUUAUAAAAAUGAAUUCAAAGGCUUUACUUUUCCUAGCCAUGCUGUUGGCUACCAUCCUUCUUAUAUGUGCAGAGUCUGCACCCAAAGACUUGGACAACAAAGAUGAAAAAAUUGACACAAAUGGAUAUUAUGGAGGUGGAGGUUACGGUGGUCCAUGGCGUGGUGGCGGCUAUGGCGGUUGGGGCGGUGGUUAUGGAGGUAGGGGUGGAUAUGGUGGAUGGCGUGGUGGUGGAUGGCGUGGGGGUUGGGGUGGUGGUGGCUGGCGUGGGGGUUAUGGUGGCGGUCACGGCGGUUGGGGCGGUGGUUGGCCUAACGAACACCAUGAUGCUUAUACUGACGCUGAACCUCAUAACUAAGGAUGAACUUGAGCUGUUAGGGUUACUACUACAAUAAAUAAAACUUCAUGUGAAGUGUACUUAAUAGAAAAAAGAAAAAAUAUAUAAUAAAAAGUUAGAAUCAUGUGUUGUAUUGUACUUACUAAAUAAAUAACACUCACGUACCUUGUGUUUAUAUUUCUUUA